UUUCCUCAUGAAUACUUCAUUAUUAGAAGAAAGCGGCAGGAUUCAGAGCUCCAGACACCUGGACCCUGCCACUGAGCGCACUACACCGGGGACCCCCAGUUCAGCCAUGCUGGCCUGUCUGCAGAGGACCCAGAACCCCCCGGGUCAACACCUGGCCUGCCCAAGCAAGAGCCUGGAGCUGCGCAAAUGCGAGGCGGUGGCCAGCUCCAUGCAUUCCUCCCGCUACCCGAGUCCGGCCGAGCUGGACGCCUAUGCGGAGAAGGUGGCCAACAGCCCGCUGUCCAUCAAGAUCUUUCCCACCAACAUCCGGGUGCCGCAGCACAAGCACCUGAGCCGCACGGUCAACGGCUACGACACGAGCACCCAGCGCUACAGCCCCUACCCGCAGCAUGCCGCCGGCUACCAGGGCCUGCUGGCCAUCGUCAAGGCCGCCGUCUCCUCCUCCAGCACAGCGGCCCCCACCGGGCCCACCAAAAGCGUCCUCAAGAACGCUGAGGGCAAGCGGACCAAGCUGUCGCCGGCCACUGUGCAGGUGGGCAUCGCGCCCUACCCGGCACCCAGCACUCUGGGGUCCCUGGCCUAUCCCAAGCCACCCGAAGCCCCCGCCCCGCCGCCCGGCCUGCCUGCAGCCGCCACCGCCACCUCCGUCAUCCCCCUGCCCGGCCGGGGCCUGCCGCUGCCGCCUUCCAACCUGCCCUCCAUCCACAGCAUCCUCUACCAGCUCAACCAGCAGUGCCAGGCCCCAGGUGCUGCACCCGCCACCUGCCAGGGCGUGGCUGUCCCCCACCCCAGCCCGGCCAAGCACGGCCCGGUGCCCAGUUUCCCCAGCAUGGCCUACUCGGCCACAGCCGGGCUGCCCGAUUGCCGGAAAGGAGCGGAGCUGGGCCAGGGAGCCACGCCAGCCCUGACGCUGGCUGGAGCCACCAAGCCUGCAGGCUACACAGACAGCGGCCUGGAUUACCUGCUGUGGCCCCAAAAGCCCCCUCCGCCGCCACCCCAGCCGCUGCGUGCCUACGGCGGGGGCACGGUGGCCAGCAAGUCCCCCGAGGCCUGCGGUGCGCGGGGCUACGAGCGGGCCGGCGGGUCGCCUCUCCACUGCGGCGUGGGGCUGCCGCCCGGCUUCACCAUGGGCCAGUACUUCACAGCCCCCUGGAACAGCGUGCUCGUGACGCCCACCAGCGACUGCUACAACCCUGCGGCGGCCGUGGCGGUGACUGAGCUGGGCUCGGGGGUGGCCACGCUCACAGGCCUGCCCAGCAAGAGCGUGUGCAACACGUCCGUGCUGAGCAGCAGCCUGCAGUCGCUGGAGUAUCUCAUCAACGACAUCCGGCCGCCCUGCAUCAAGGAGCAGAUGCUGGGCAAGGGCUACGAGACCGUGGCCGUGCCGCGGCUGCUCGACCACCAGCACGCCCACAUCCGCCUGCCUGUCUACAGAUAAGGCCGCCCGGAGCACGCGUGGACACACGGGCAGGGUGCCAGCCGUAGAACAGGGCGGGCAGCCCCCAGGGGCAUGCAGCCCUGCCCCGCGCCUGUGGGUGCUCCCGGGAAAGCGGGGCUGGCUGCCGCAGCAGUGGCGCGCACAGGGGCCUCCCCCACCAAGCUCCUCCUGCCCCGGUGGCUGCCUGGCCCGGGAGGGCCCAGACACAGCCAGUGGCCCGGGCAGGGAGAGGCCGCGCAGCACAGGAGUGCUGCUUCCUGGGUCUGGGGUGGAUGUCAGUGAAGGUGGGGCUCCGUCAGGUGCGAGUCACACCGGGUCCCCCUGCAAGCCCUUUGCCUCCUGGAGCAGACAGGAGAUCACACUCCCCCCCCACCCUCCUCCCCUGCAACCAAUCCAGAUGAAGACCACUCGUCCCCCAGAAGCUGACGCCCAGGACUCCAGUUCCCCUGCUGCUCUUCCUCAGACUCUCCCUUCCUAACAAUCAUCCCGGGACCAAUGCCUCCCCCCCCCCCCCCCCCCAGGGCUGCUGCACAGUUGUGCGGGCAGUGCACUGCACAGGGCAUUGUCUGAGGAGACGCCACGUACAUCCUAGACUUGUGUAUUUAUUACAACUUUCCGCAUCUUGAGGAAGGGCACCAUUUUCCUACUCGCACGCGGCGCCAGGAGCUGCGAUGGGCCCCGAACAGACCCAUCCCAAGGUCCCUGGUGUGUGUGUGCGCGCGCGCGUGUUGCCCAGGAGCCAGUGGGGGGGGAUGAGCCCCAAUCCAACAAGUCACCCGCAGGGCCUGGCCCUUACCGUCAUGGGGAAGAGAAGUGGGGGCCCCAACACGUCCCCGAGCCCAGCCCCUGGCGCUCCAGAAGCGGUACUGUAUCUCUCCAAGGCCUGUUCCAGCACUAAGUGCAUUUACAAAUCUCUGAGAAUGUUUUUUUAUACUAAAAUUGACCAUUAUAUUCUACUGUGAGAAGUGCGGUCCGCACUAUAUUGUUUUAAAAAG